AUGCAGCGCAACAUUGUCAUCUUCCUCAUCAUCCUUAUCCUUUUCAUCCUCAUUGCUGCUAUCGCCUACCUGAUCUACUACCUGCAAACCCGCAUGGCCGUCGGCGGAACCGCAUCGUCUGUCUCCGACAUGACGGAGAACGCAUAG